AUCAGGUUCAGAGCCUAGUCGACAACAAGCCAAGGCUGACUACAACUGAACAGGAAUGAUGGCAGAGUUUGACCCCCUCCUCUCCAUCACGAUGACCCUCUGCUCCGGCUGCUUCCUCCUCCUCCUCCUCUUCCUGUCCUUUUCCUCCAUUGUGAGCGCUGAGCCCAGACGCCCCACUUCCGGUCAUCGUCGCCGGGCUCCACGUGCACCUGUCGCCAAGGUGCGUCUGGCGGGGAACUUUGCCCGGGAGCUUCACGAGGGUCGCGUGGAGGUGCUGCACAACAACACCUGGGGGACGGUGUGUGACGACGAGGUGGACAUCAACCUGGCCAACGUGGUGUGUCGAGAGAUGGGCUUCCAGGGGGGCAUCACGUGGACGCACAGUGCCAAGUAUGGAGAAGGACAAGGCCCCAUAUGGAUGGACAAUGUUCACUGCGAUGGUUCGGAGAAGUCCUUAAAGGACUGCAAACACCGUGGUUGGGGAGUGAAUGACUGUAAACACGCUGAAGACUUGGGGGUGCUGUGCACUGCUGAGCGCAGGCAAGCGCAGACAAGCAUCAUAGACCGAAGCAACGCCAACAGGACCCGUGGCGGUCCCGCCCCCCUGUUGCAAGGCCUCGUGACCACCCGCAGGCGCAUUGGAUAUGGUUACUAUGGUAACGGACAUGCAUAUGAGGUCCCGAUCAUCGAGAGGCAAUACCUUAACCAGGGUCACAGUAAGGUUCGGAUCGAGGAGGUGCGCCUGAGGCCCAUCCUCAUGGCUACCAAGAAGAAGACCUUGGUCACAGAAGGUGUGGUGGAAGUGAAGCACGCUGGGAGGUGGAGGCAGGUCUGCGACAUGGGCUGGACUCUCAACAGCAGCAGAGUCCUGUGCGGGAUGCUCGGCUUUCCGGAGGCCGCUCCGCCUAACGUCAAAAUGUACAAAAAAAUAUGGGACACCAAGGUCGCAGACCCUUCAACGAGGUUGAGCGUUAUGGCCAAGAAGAAGGGCUUCUGGAUGGAGAAGGUCAACUGUCUGGGCAGUGAGAACACUCUGUCUGAGUGCCAAGGUCAGCUGUCAAUUCCACGUAGCCCCGCCCCCUGUAAGAACGGGCGACACGCUGUGGUCAAAUGUGUGCCGGGCCCUCAGUUUUCCAGAAUCUCCUCUGGGAGACCUCAAGCCCCCUAUCCAGUUGUGCCGGUGCGUCUGAAGGCCGGGCCCAGGCUGGGUGAGGGACGCGUGGAGGUGCUCCGGGAUGGAAAAUGGGGGACAAUCGUGGACCACAUGUGGGAGCGGACCGCUGCCAGCGUGGUGUGCAGAGAGCUGGGCUUUGGUUCUGCCAAGGAUGCACUGCCAGGCGCCUUCAUGGGACAAGGUACUGGACCCAUCCACAUGAACAGUGUGCAGUGCACGGGCACAGAGCGCUCCAUCCUGGACUGCUACUUCCAGGAAGUUCAACCGUGGACGUUCAAACACAGCCAGGAUGCUUCAGUGCGCUGUAACAUCCCCAAAACCGGCACGGAGCACAUGGUGCGACUGGCUGGCGGGAGGGUUUCGUCAGAGGGCCGAGUCGAGGUGCUGAUGGAAGUGGGUGGCCGGAAACUCUGGGGUUCCGUCUGCAGCGAGAACUGGGGCAUCAAUGAAGCCAUGGUGGUGUGCAGACAGCUGGGUCUGGGCUUUGCUGCGAGCGCACAUCAGGAUACUUGGUAUUGGUCCAGUGACCCAAAUGCAGCCGAGUUGGUUCUCAGCGGAACUCACUGUGUCGGAACAGAGUUCUCGAUUCAGCAGUGUCGUCGCAACAACCACAUGCACUGUCCUCGAGGGGGCGGAGUUAAGGCUGCUGGGGUGACCUGCUCAGAAACCGCCCCCGACCUCGUCCUGGACUCCCAGCUGGUCCAGGAGACGGCCUACUUGGAAGACCGACCCCUCCACCUGUUGAACUGUGCCAACGAGGAGAAGUGUCUGUCCUCCUCGGCUGCCAGGAUGAACUGGCCCUACGGCCACAGACGCCUGCUGCGCUUCUCCUCGCGCAUCAUGAACUUGGGCCGCUCGGAUUUCCGACCCAAAGCGACGAGGGAGAGCUGGACAUGGCACCAGUGUCACAGGCAUUACCACAGCAUCGAGGUGUUCACGCAUUACGACCUGCUGACCCUCAACGGCACCAGGGUCGCCGAGGGGCAUAAGGCCAGUUUCUGUCUGGAGGACACCCACUGCCCUGAUGGCGUCCAAAAGCGCUUCUCUUGUUAUAACAUGGGUGACCAGGGCAUCUCCGUGGGCUGCUGGGAUACCUACCGCCAUGAUAUCGACUGCCAGUGGGUGGACGUGACGGACGUACGGCCUGGAGAUUACAUCUUUCAGGUGGAAGUCAACCCCUCCAUGGACAUGGCUGAGUCCGACUUCAUGAACAACGUCAUGCGAUGCCGCUGCAAAUACGACGGCCACAGAGCCUUCAUGUACGGAUGUCACGCAGGAGACGCAUACAGCGCCGAGACAGAAGACCUGUUUGAGCACCAGAGGCAAAUCUCCAACAACUUUGUGUAGCACAUCCCUAAGACUCCCAACACCAAGGACUUCCAUGGGGGCUCAGAUGCUGCUCCAGGUGGGCAGAGUGAUACUUAAGCCCCAGUCCCCGUAUAACUAAAACACGGAAAGUAACGUUGCCUGUCCAUAUGUUCGGCAGCUGAUAGUCACAUCACGGAAACAAAACAAUGCCUUGACCGGCCAGUGACAACAAGAGUGGCCCACGCAGCUUUUGGCUUUGUCGUUACUGGAGUUACAGUUUAUUCAUUCUCUUCUUUUGUGACGCUGGACUACUAAUACCCUUUUUUACAAACCUCACCUUUACAAAUGAAAGAUUCAAGAUACAACGCCAAUAUAUUGACAUGUAGUACUGUCAAGCGAUUAAAAAGGGAGUGAUUAAUUAAUUAAUCCCACCUAAAAACUUGCUGAGAAAAGCUCUAAACUUGACCUAUUUUCAUUUACCUAGAUAGCUAUGCAACAAUACAAAGUAGAUUUAUAAAGUUAUUUGUUGUUUUUAACAGAUUUGAACAGAUGCAGUGUGUUUUAUUUCAAAUAAAACAUCAGGUUUAUAUAACGUGCUGAAGUUAAUACAGUAAGUAAAACUAUUUUAUGAGCAAUAGCCUAAGUAAGUACCGUAUUUUCCGGAGUAUAAGUCGCUCCGGAGUGUAAGUCGCACCUGCCGAAAAUGCAUAAUAAAGAAGGAAAAAAACAUAUAUAAGUCGCAUUAUUGGGGGAAAUUUAUUUGAUAAAAGCCAACACCAAGAAUAGACAUUUGAAAGGCAAUUUAAAAUAAAUAAAGAAUAGUGAACAACAGGCUGAAUAAGUGUACAUUAUAUGAGACAUAAAUAACCAACUGAGAACGUGCCUGGUAUGUUAACGUAACAUAUUAUGGUAAGAGUCAUUCAAAUAACUAUAACAUAUAGAACAUGCUAUACCUUUACCAAACAAUCUGUCACUCCUAAUCGCUAAAUCCCAUGAAAUCUUAUACGUCUAGUCUCUUACGUGAAUGAGCUAAAUAAUAUUAUUUGAUAUUUUACGGUAACGUGUUAAUAAUUUCACACAUAAGUCACUCCUGAGUAUAAGUCGCACCCCCCGGCCAAACUAUGAAAAAAAACUGCGACUUAUAGUCCGGAAAAUACGGUAAGUCAUUUUUUGACCAAGUAGCACCUCAGAAAACACUUGGCUCUCCAAGUACCACCAUAAUGACCGACAUUAAAAUACAGUAGCGUAUUCAUUAAAAACAAGGCAGAGGCUUUAUUUAAUAUUUUUGGCCACUGUAACAUUGCACGCAGUUCGACCAGUAACACUGUGUUUGAACGCAGGAAAAUAAAACACUGUACUUUAAUCAAGUGAUUCUUUGGCGUACCUUUAUGUGGUACACAGUUUGAGAAUCUCUGUCCUAAGUAUUGAAUGUUGAACUCUGCUUAAGAUCAUAUCAUAUCAGUGUUAGCAUACGUUACCAGUAUUGGUUUAUGUUUAUAUUUGUCACAAUAAUAUGUUCAACUUUGUCAAAUAACAAAGUAAUGUUGGCUUUUUUGACAGUCAAUGCCAUAAUUCUCCGAGAUGUGUUAACCUUAUUUACCGACAAAACAUGAGCUUGUUUACUUACAAGUGAUGUGUUCAUUUAGUCUAGCGGCAAACAUUUUGACACGCAUGGGCGAUUAAAAAAUGUUUUGUACUGCAACUAUGCUCUGAUUUUAAAUAUAAUGCACACGUCGUUGUACGUGUAAUAUAUAACUAAAUUGCUGCACGGAUAAGUUAUGAUAGCAUAAAGGUAGCUUAACGUGGGUCAAAACACACCAGUAUGUGACGCCAUUUCUUCAUAGCUUGUGUAAAAAGCACUUCCCAUGCUAAAAACAAGAGCAGAUUCAAAAUGAUACAAACCAUAAACACACUUGAAGUUUAUUAUAAAUAUUUACACUAGAAUUCACCCUUUCCACACUACUGUAUUUUUCGGAGUAUAAGUCGCUCAGGAGUAUAAGUCGCACCGGCCGAAAAUGCAUAAUAAAGAAGGAAACAAACAUAUAUAAGUCGCACUGGAGUAUAAGUCGCAUUUUUUGGGGAAAUUUAUUUGAUAAAAGCCAACACCAAGAAUAGACAUUUGAAAGGCAAUUUAAAAUAAAUAAAAAUAGUGAACAACAGGCUGAAUAAGUGUACGUUAUAUGAGGCAUAAAUAACCAACUGAGAACGUGCCUGGUAUGGUAACGUAACAUAUUAUGGUAAGAGUCAUUCAAAUAACUAUAACAUAUAGAACAUGCUAUACCAGGGGUCCCCAAACUUUUUGACUCGGGGGCCGCAUUGGGUUAAAACAAUUAUAUAUAUAUAUAUACUGUGUAUAUAUAUAUAUAUAUAUAUAUAUAUAUAUAUAU